GCAGGGCGGAGGGACGCAUCACGCAGGGGUGGGGAAGCGGGAUCCGUGCGCAGGGUUGCUAAGGGUGAAACUUUUCAUUGACUUUGCUCACUUCGGGCCGGGGCGCGGGACGGUGCGGGUCGUCGGCGGAGACCAGCGAGCGGCUCGGGCGACGCGGGGGCCGGAAGGGCAGCACCGCCCGUCGGCCACAGCCCGGACCGUCCUCCGCCGCGAACGCCAGCCAUCCUCCGGCCCGCCCGCCCUCCGAAACACUGAAAGAUUUAUUAUUAACAGUCAUAACCCGAACCCUCUCAUUGCCUCCCCCCCCAAAAAAAAAAAAAAAAAACCGUAACGACGAAAAAGCCACCUCUGAGCCCGGCCCGGCGGCCCCCGAGAAAGCAGCGCGACCUCCGCCCCGCACUCAGGACCACCCUGGAGGGAGCAGCCGCCCCGCCGCCGCCGAGACCCGAAGCCAUCUGGAGCCCCAGGCUGCCCACUCUGUCUCGUGCCAGUGCCCUGAGCUGAUUCUCUGCCUAGGAGAGGACCAUGCAGCUGGAGAUCAAAGUGGCCCUGAACUUCAUCAUCUCCUACUUGUACAACAAGCUGCCCCGCCGCCGGGCAGACCUGUUUGGGGAGGAGCUGGAACGGCUUUUGAAAAGGAAGUAUGAAGGCCACUGGUACCCUGACAAGCCACUGAAGGGCUCUGGCUUCCGCUGCGUCCACAUUGGGGAGAUGGUGGACCCCGUGGUAGAGCUGGCUGCCAAGCGGAGUGGCCUGGCGGUGGAGGACGUGCGGGCCAACGUGCCUGAGGAGCUGAGCGUCUGGAUCGACCCUUUCGAGGUGUCCUACCAGAUCGGCGAGAAGGGCACCGUGAAGGUGUUGUACCUGGAUGACAGUGAGUGCGGCGGCGCCCCAGAGCUCGACAAGGAGAUCAAGAGCAGCUUCAACCCCGACGCCCAGGUGUUCGUGCCCAUCGGCAGCCAGGACAGCUCCCUGUCCAACUCGCCGUCGCCGGCCUUCGGCCAGUCGCCCAGCCCGACCUUCAUUCCCCGUUCGGCCCAGCCCAUCACCUUUACCACCGCCUCCUUCGCUGCUACCAAAUUUGGCUCCACCAAGAUGAAGAAGGGUGGCGGGGCGGCGAGUGGGGCGGCCGUGGCCGGCAGUGGGGCAGGCGGCCAGCAGCCCCCCCAGCAGCAGCCCCGCAUGGCCCGCUCGCCCACCAGCAACCUGCUGAAGCACAAGGGCCUCUCUCUGUCUGUGCAUUCACUGAACUUCCUCACGGCCAGCCCGGCCCCGCAGUCCCAGCUCUCUCCCAACGCCAAGGAGUUCGUGUAUAACGGCGGUGGCUCGCCCAGCCUCUUCUUUGAUGGGGCCGACGGCCAGGGCAGUGGUGCCCCAGCCCCCUUUGGCGGCAGCGGGGCCGGCACCUGCAACAGCAGCAGCUUUGACAUGGCCCAGGUGUUUGGCGGUGGCACCAACAGCCUCUUCCUGGAGAAGACCCCCUUCGUGGAGGGCCUCAGCUACAACCUGAGCACCAUGCAGUACCCCAGCCAGCCCUUCCAGCCCGUCGUGCUGGCCAACUGACCCCCGGCCCGCCCCCAGGGCAGGCGCACCAAGACCGUGGACAAGAGAAAGAGAAGGAAAGGCCAAAAAAAGAGGAAAAGAAAAAUGUACAAAAAGAUUUCUGAUCUUCUCACUCACUUCUGGAGAAGAGACGGAGCCCAGGCACGGAGUGGGAGGGGCUCCCAGAGCACCAGGUCCUGUUAGCCCACCUCCCCCCACCUGUUUUCCUGCCCGCCUCUGAUUUAUUGGGUUGGUUUGGGGUUUCUUUUUUUUUUCUUUUUUUUUUUUAUAUGUAGUUUUCUAUGUCACAACUUUGAUUACUGGCUUCCUGUGCUGAGAAGGGUCGGGGGUGCAUCGCUGCUCCAGCCCCUCCCCCCACACUCUGUGGGUUGGUGUGUCCCAGCUCACAGGGGAGGAGGAGCUGCAGCUGGCCUGGCCUUCCCCAGAGUGGGGAGGGUGCGGCCGUGUCACUGCCUGUCACCCAGUGUCAUCCAACCUCAGCAGGUUUCUCAGGCGCUGCCACACAAAUAGAUCUGACCCAGCCCUUGGUCCCCCGCCGCCCGGCCCGCCUGACGCCUCCCCAGAGCUGACGUCCUGACUGCAGGGAGGUCAGCACGUUGCUUGAGUUCUUUCAUCUCUCCCCACUGCCGGCCCCUCCCGGCCGCGGAGACCCCGCCGUUGGUGUGUGUGGCCUGUCACGCAGCCCCUUCUUCUGGGCCUGUGGUUGUGAGUAGGGAGGUGGGGUCUACACGUGUGUACGUCACAUGGUUUGCUCUCCUGUUUUAAAGGAUUCAAGCCAUGUGAAGCUUCCCCUCUGGGUGUGGUCUGGGUUGUAGCAAGUGCUUACUUAUGUAGGGGGUGGGGACUGGGCUGGGACGGGUCAUCAGUCCUCUUGUAGGGCAGCUCCAGCUGAGCCUGCGCCACUCCCAGGGGGAAAGCUGCAGAAGGAACUGGUUUCCAGACUUCGGAGGGAUCUGCACUUUUGUUUUGACCAAAAAAAGUUAGCUCUGAAGGGCAGAGGGAAUGCCCAAGCCACUGAUGCCUAGGGAAGUCCUGGACUCGGACCCUCCUGCUGUGUGACCUGGGUCCCCGCCCUGCAGGCAGGGGGCGUGCAGCCUGAGCCUGGGGGAGACCUCUGGUCUUUGGGUUGGAGAUGUUAGUUUAGGACAGUUGUGCCCCCGCCUGCCUGAGAGCGUCUCACCACCUGCCCCAGCCCGCUGGACCCGAUGCCGUGAGGAGCCAGCGUGUCUGGGUUAAAGCAGAGCUCGCUCCCUGCCUCUGCCCCAGCCCUGGGGGCCAGCUUCCAUGCCACAACACUGGCAGAGGGGGCACUUAAGCUCCAAAGCCCCUGCCACCCACCCCACUCCAUCCUCCCAGGGGCCCCAAGCGAGUGAGGCUGCUGUGAGUGGAUCCGGCCCAGACAGGCACUGCCAGCCUCCUGUCCUUGCAGUGGGCACCAGCUCUACCUCCCCCCACAGGGCAGGGCCCUGGCUUCUCAGCCCGCACCAUCUGUCCCCCACAGCUCUCAGGGCCAGCCCCGUCGGGGCCACCCUCUCCCUUGUCCUCAGCUCACACACAGUGACAGGCCCAGGCAGAUGGCCUCCCUGGGAAAGGUUGGAUGCUGCCUUAUGCCCCUGCCAGCCCUCCUCCCACGCUAGUGCACACAGGUGCCACCCACACCAGGCUGCUGGUUUCUGCCACGUGGUGGGGGGAGACCAGCCCCUCCCUCCUUGAGAGGAGGAAACCGAGUGUUCAGGAGCGUGACUCCGGCGCUGGGCUCCUGAGCCUGGGUCAGUCUGUCUGCUCUGAAAUCUAGGCAUUUUUGCUUCAAUUUUAUUUUUUUUAAGAAAACAAAAAAAAUCUGCACUAAUUUACCUGGUUUCAUAGGAAAACUUUUUUUUUAUUUUUUACAUUUUUUGGUGUCUGUUUGUAUUGAAUAAUUUGCUACAUUUGUAAAAUGUAAGAGGUAUAUAUAAUAUAUGUAUAUUUCUAACGUAAGAAACGUAAUUUUUUUCUUUUCAAGAUUUUUUCUUAAAAAGAGGAGAGAAACAGAUAUUUUUUCAGGAAAAACAAACUUUAAAAUAAAAAAAGAGGAGAAUAAAACCUUUUUCUCCCCUUCCCGGCCUCUGCCCACCCCUUCCCCAGGAUCAGCUCACAGAAUGUUUCUCCACGCGGGGAGCUGGAGUCUCUGGUUUUCUCCCUAGGGACGGGCAGGGGACACUGAGGCAAGCGGAGAGGGGUGGGGCGGGCGGGCGAUGGACUUUUUUCUUUAGUGAAGGAGGAGGAAUACAAUCAAGUGUUUUGUAUUCAGGAUGUUGUGCAAUAUUUUGGAAUGGGACAUUGGUGUGUUUAGAGAUUUAGUUUAAAAACAAAACAAAAAGAUUGAUCAAAUCUGUACAGUUUAUAUUGUUCCAGAUUUUUUUAAGUUUGUAUUAAAAGCAUGAUAUAUAA